GCUUUUCUGAACUAAACGACCAUGCCGGCGACUUUCGAGUCCCCUUCUCCCUCGUCCUGGGUCCCGACUCCCUCUCUCUCUUUGAAGGUCGAGGUUUCAAGACUUGGGCGUAGGAGGACGCUCGACGGAAAGCUGCCAAGGUAUCAGGGAACCGUCGUAGUCGAGGGCGUUGCGCCAAAAAAUCAAAGGGCGUAGGUGAAGUGAGGAGGACGGAAGCAAGAGUUGCGGCAUUGGUUACCGCCGGCGCAUUAUUGUUUAGGGUUUGAUUAGUCUUGGUACUGAUUGGGUUGCAUCUUGGUGAGAGUGGAGGGGUGCAAGUGCACAGAGCAGUUCUUAGGAAGGGGUGCUGAGGGCUUCUAGAAAUGGCCUCGGCUCUUCUGACCAGGUCCUCGGGGUGCACUUUGGGCCUCUCCCUAAAUUACGUCGCAAAGAAGCAGGCAACAUGCCUGUCGAGUGCAUUGACCGGGUGUCCUUUGCUUUCUCGGAGUUCGUUCAGUGGAAGCAGGCUCGCUGCGCAGAGCUUCCAACAAAGCCGGACAACUUGCUCCACCAAGGCCGUGUUGGCCCCUGGGACGGAUACAGAGUUCCUUGCAUUUGCAGAGAACAUUGCAGCAAAGAUCAGGAAUGACCCCACCCCGGUCGACUUUGGGCUAUCAUAUGACGACUUCAACCAAGCCCUGGACGAGAAUGAGUUUACGUUUGAAGUUGGCGACAUUGUCCGUGGAAAGGUAUACGCCACCGACAGGGACGGCGUCUACGUCGACAUCGGCGCCAAGUCGACUGCCAUCUGCCCCAUCUCAGAGUGCAGCAUCUACAAAAUUGACCACCCCGAGGAGGCCGGCAUUGAGCCCGACUCCGAGCAGGACUUCAUGAUUCUGCGCAACGACAACCCGAAUGGCGAGAUGGUGCUGAGCAUCCGGCGGAUCCAGUACGAGCUGGCGUGGGACAAGUGCCGAAAGCUUGCUGCGGAGGACAAGACGGUGACGGGCACGGUUGUCCAAGAGAACCGGGGGGGUAUCCUUGUGUUGGUCGAGGGGCUGCGUGGCUUCGUUCCCCUGUCACAUGUUGCUACUAACAUCCCGCGUGAGCAGCUCCUUGGCGUGGAACUGCCCCUCAAGUUCCUGGAAGUCGACGAGGAGAAUUUGCGCCUGGUUAUGAGCAACCGGAAGGCUGCCGCCAAGUCCCAGAUGUCGUCCUUCGGCGUUGGCGAUGUCGUCAUUGGAACGGUCCAGGCUGUGAAGCCGUACGGAGCGUUCAUUGACGUUGGCGGAAUCAACGGGCUGCUGCAUAUCAGCCAAAUCAGUCACGAUAGGAUCACGAACGUGGAGACGGUGCUUUCAGAGGGGGACAAGAUCAAGGUGAUGAUCUUGAGCCAAGACUCCGACCGUGGCCGCAUCAGCCUGUCUACGAAAAAGCUGGAGCCGACUCCGGGUGACAUGCUGAGGAACCCUCAGCUGGUGUUUGACAAGGCUGACGAGAUGGCGAAGACUUUCAAGGAGCGGGUGGCAGCCGCAGAGGCUGCAGCACGGGCGGAAGAGAACCGGUUGAGGGCAGAGGGCUUCUCCACAGGGCCUUUCUCGGGGGUGGAGGAACUGGGGGACUUCUUGGAGGAUGAACCUGCAGCAACAUCAUCAUAGGUGAUGGUUGUCGGAAGAGAGUUGGGGGCGUUCUAAACAGCAAACGAACUCUGAUAUGAAGUUUUGUGAUCAGGAACAGGCUGAAGAGUAUGGAAAGCCAUGAGUGCAGUGGAGGGUAUUCUCUGUUGGCGCAAAGUAUUGAUCUUUAAUGAAAUACAAACCCGAAGGACAAGUUGGCCUCACCAUUCGUACGGCUUCACUUUCUAAUAUAAUGCGCAUUAUGCUAUGCCAGCGUGAGGGCCCUGCAUGGUCGUAAUGGUCGUCCUAAGACUCCCAGCUGAAAGUCCGGUGUUGAGGUCAGGCGAUCUCAUGUAGGUCCGAUCGACUGCGGAUUAAGUGACUACAAUUGGGC